CUGGCAUCUGGCUAUGUGUACAAGAUGGCGGCGCCCAUGCUUUGCGCAAGCAGGUACGGAACUUCGGUGGGCUUUCGAUAACAAUCGUUGCAGUUGGCCUUUAUUUAAAUGACGUACGCUCGCAAAACACCGCUGACUGUUCGGACGAGUCUCACAGCUGGGCCACAGGUCCGAGUGCGUUUCAUGAUCGUCGGCUGAAACGCGCGACUGCGCCCGCCACCGCGCACAUCAGCGAUGCCCGAGAUCUGUCCCAGUGGUUUCGUAGAAGACAUCGAGGACGUCGUCCGGUCGUCCGACGAUGUCGUCUCUCCUACAGCGCGCCGAGAGGUGGUUCCUCGCGUCAGGAGGCGAAAGGACACCGCUGAAGCCUGCGGCGACAGUUUCCUGCCCGGCACCCACAAGAUCUACGUGAAGACGUGGGGCUGUGCCCACAACAGUUCGGACAGCGAGUACAUGGCCGGGCAGCUGGCAGCCAGGGGAUAUACUAUCGUUGACGAUGCGAGCAGUGCCGACCUGUGGCUGCUCAACAGCUGCACGGUGAAGAACCCCGCCGAGGACCACUUCCGCACCGCCAUCGAAGGGGGCCUGCACCAGGGCAAGAGGGUUGUGGUCGCCGGAUGCGUCGCGCAGGCUACCCCCAACGUGGGCUACCUCCGCGGUCUCAGCAUCGUGGGAGUCCAGCAGACUGACCGCGUCGUGGAGGUAGUCGAAGAGACUCUCAAAGGCAACUCUGUGCGGCUUCUAGGUUCUAAGAAGGAUGGCCGACGGAAAGCUGGUGGUGCCCCGCUGACCCUGCCAAAGAUUCGACGCAACCCUCUCAUCGAGAUUAUCGCCAUCAACACAGGCUGCCUCAACCGCUGCACAUACUGCAAAACCAAGCAUGCCCGCGGAGACCUGGGCAGCUACCCGAUCGACGAACUUGUGGCACGGGCCAGGCAGGCAUUUGAAGAGGGCGUGCGCGAGAUCUGGCUGACCUCGGAGGACACGGGGGCCUACGGUCGGGACAUCGGGGUCACAUUGCCCGACCUGCUGCGGGAGAUGGUGGAGGUCAUCCCCGAGGGCUGCAUGCUGCGGCUUGGCAUGACCAACCCGCCAUACAUUCUCGACCACCUGGAGGACAUGGCUGAGAUCUUGAAUCAUCCUCGUGUCUACUCCUUCCUACAUGUCCCCGUGCAAUCUGGGAGUGACCCAGUGCUGACCGAAAUGCGUCGAGAGUACACAAUUGCCCAGUUCCGCAGCGUAGUGGACCACCUGCGGAAAGCCGUUUCAGGAAUCACAAUUGCUACAGACAUCAUAUGCGGCUUUCCCACAGAAACUGAAGAAGACUUUGAGGAAACGAUGCAGCUGGUCCGAGACUACGAGUUUCCUUCGCUCUUCAUCAACCAGUUCUACCCAAGGCCCGGCACUCCUGCGGCCAGUAUGAAACGGAUUCCUACGCACAUUGUUAAGGAGAGGACUAAACGACUAUCAGAACUGUUCCAGUCGUACAUGCCAUACAGCCAUCGAGUCGGCGAGCGACAUACGGUCCUUGUGACCGAUGUGGCCCAUGACCAGAAGCACCUAGUCGGUCACAACAAGUUCUACGAGCAGAUCUUGCUUCCCAUGGACGACCAGUACAUGGGGCAGUUAGUCGACGUCGAAAUCACUAGUGCCGGAAAGCACUUCAUGCACUGCAACAUCGUCAAGAUCAACACGUCAGUGGCCCAAACACUCCCCAAGCCACUUCCCAAAGGUCAGAUCUCGGGCAUCAAGCCGAGCCAAGCCGCCGUCCAAAGCCAGCAAGCACAACGAUUGUAUGGGGCGAGCUCAGGACACUGUUUGACCAUUAUUGCGACAGCCAUGUUAGUAGCCAUUGUUGGCAUUCUCAUAGAAUGCUCCAUAGGCACAAAAAGGCUUGUUUUCAAAUAAAAACAAGGACGCGUGGUUGUUUAUUGCAGUGCCAUCGGUCGUUGCUGGUUAUAUCAUAUUAGAGGGGUACUGACACGAAAAUUUUUUAUCCCCUUUUAUUUUGCUUUUUUUUUUACAGAACUGUAGACUUCGUAACAGCAGUGUAAAGACUCGGUUUCUUGAAAGCACCACGUACAAGCAAUUAUGUAUAAGCAAUUGCAUAAUUUUUUAGUUGACCAGUUCAAAACUAGCGCCAAGUGUCGCACGGCUUCGAACGAGAAGCAGGAGACUAUCGACGUCACUGAAACUGAAGAUAAUAGUCACAUGGUAAGACAAACCACUCGUACGUGCGCAAGUUAGCUUUGUUGAAGGUCAUACAACAAUCGUGUUGCAUAAAGCUGCCAAACUGGCCUUACCAAGUGUGCAUUUCUCUUGUAAAUGCACAGGAACCCGUUCUCCCCUCUUGUCCCAUAGAGUGCCGAAAAGCCUCCCCUCUCAGUAGCACUAUCACAGCGUACAUUUACACGUCUACUUAGAUUUAGGUGCAUAUUAAAGAAACCCAGGUGGCUCUCAAUCACAUUGUGGUUUUGUCAGGUAAAAAAAAAAAUUUGCGUAGCUUGCACUGAAGGCGCAAUGCUAAAGAGACAGUGGAGCUGAUGGGCACCUAGCUUUUGGGCUAGGCUAAGCACUACCAAGUCAUCCCCAGGAUUCUCCGGAAUUUAUUAAUCAAUUAUUGAUUAGCUAUUGAUUGGCUAUCCCAAGGUAUUGGCCAUGUAUUUGGGCUAGGCUAAGCACUACCAAGUCAUCCCCAGCAUUUCCGGAAUUUAUUGAUUAUUUGUCGAUUAUCGAUUAGCUAUCGAUGACUAAGCUUGAGUAGUCCCAACCAUGCUUAGCUAGACUUAGCCAGGCUCAGUUUCGCUAGUUCACAGGGGUAUGUGCCAUUUUGCUUAGACCCUUUCUGCACUGCCGCCAGGAUCAGCCCACAUUUUUGGAUUCAGCAGACACAUUACGCCCGGCUUAAACAGCUCCGCUGUUAAAACCCAGAAUUUAUGUCAGUGAUGUCUGGUACAAAGAGACCAUCACAUAAGGUUUCGUUGACGUGACCAGGUUGCUGCUUCACAUCCAAAACUGCACAGCGCUUGGCACGUGUUUUGAACUGGUCACGGCAUUAAAAGGUAUCGUAAUAAUUUAUUUAGUGUCACAACGUAAUUGCUGGGUCGACAGCUACACAAUAAAGCAGUAAGAGCGAGACAAAAAAUGUUUGUGUCAGUACUCCUUUAGAGAGAGGCAUUAAAAAGAAUAAAUAUAAA